CCUCGGGCCUGGGGCCGGCCCCGGAGCACCGCCCAGCCAGGACCCCUCAGCCCCAGGCCCGGGGCAGGGGCGAGGCCGAUCAUCAGACAGCAUGGCAGAGGAGUACACCGACAACACGGUGAUUCAGCAGCAGAGAAUACUGAGUAUCAGUGGAAGAAAAUUUUCCUAAAUUCAGGGUUUGUCCCUUGGCCCUUUGCUGGAUAUGAGAAAUGGGAACACAAGAAAAGAUCAGGAUGGUUUUUUGAUAUCCACAAAAUUUGACAUAUCAGAUUAAUACAAACAGCACAGCAGAGAACAUCCAAUACAGAAGCAGAUUCACCACAGAUCAAAACUGAAGUGUGAGCUUAUUUCGAAUUCAGAAGAUCCUUAUAGCAGUGAGGCUGCUGUCAGCUAUGAAUUAAAGUUCUACUUCGGAAAUCACAUGCUGGCUGAGGGAAUAGUUAUCUUUUGUAGGAACACAAACUUCCAAGAUCAUGGGUAAAGUAAUAUUAACUGGAGACACAGACAUUCCAAGAAGCCAAGUUAAACAUCUUAACUCAGCAUUAAGCUCAUAACCUCCACUGCAAUCACUGAUGCCAGCUCCCACCACUUUCUUCAGAUUCCUUAAAAACUCAUGCCAUUUCUCCUCCAGCAUCAGCCCCCAGAGCCACGGCAUCAUUCCGUACCGCAGCAGCUUUCUCUUCUGCUACGACUUUAGAAGCUGCUUAGUGUAACAGGACAGCGGCAGCAGCACCAGAAGUUAAACAUCCACCCGUUUUCUGUGAUGGAUUUGAAACCUGUCGCUACAUGGCUGUGAGGUUUCACUGUGCUCUUCCAGAUCUCCUAUAAACAACUGUUUGCUGAACGUCCUGUAACCAGUAACAUGCCCUCUACAUGUUACUGGUUUCAGUAACAGGCAAAUUCUGUCCACGCCGGUUUUCCCAUGCCGGUUAAGGGCACAUAGUCAUCCUUUUCGACGGUGAACUCGUGAAGCUGUUUUGACAGUCGUUUUAUCGGUAACCACUGGACAAGGUGGUGAGAGCCGCCUCAUGGAGAGGAGGGCUGCCCUCAGCCGGGGCGGGCCUCACCUCAACCGGCAGCAGCAGCUCUCGCUCCCCAGUUUCAGUUUCUUCUGCGGAACGACCUCUUACAGGGCUGCCGGUGCCGGUGAGCCCCGCAAGUCACCAGCGGCAGGGCCCCCCCCACUCCAUAGCCGCUGUCCCCGCCCCAGCACCCUCGCUCGGGAGCGGCUCCUGCUCCCGCCCACCUCGGGCCCAGCCACCUCAGCGUCCGCUCGCUACGCGGCGCCCGGCGCGGCCGGGUUGCAUAACGGCGAGGGCCGGGCGGCGCUGUAGGCCCCAGGAGGGCGGCACUGCGGGGAGCCUCCUCCCGGGCUGUUCUUCCCCGGCCGGACGGAGAGGGGCACUGUGUCCCCGCGGCGCACGCUCCAGCGGAGUUUCCCCCUCUCCCCGGCCACCACCGAGCAGCUCCCCAGUCCCUGCGUCUGCCGUCGGCGGAACCCGGCGAGCCGAGCAGCGGGAGGUUUACUUUGCCUAAAUCCCCACAUGAUGGAACAAAUAUUUUCUUGACCUGCAUGGAUAUGUAGACCUUUUCAAGAUGGUUAAGAACUGUGGUGAAGAACCAAGUGGAAAGACAAGAGGGACAUCCACUUCUGCUGGCAUCUGAUCUGUAUGUUUGAAACUAUGGUUUCCUGACAGAAGAGUGUGUUAUAUUUCUAUGUGCCAUCAGUGGUGAUUUUGGAAAGAUGAGAACGGACCCACUGCAGGGCAGCUCAGUGAAGCUGAAAAUGUCUGCUAUUUCUGUUAUGUGUAUCCCAGCUACAAGGGGUUUUUUGUGAUUUCUGAGCUUGGUGCUGUCACCCUCAUGUGAACAAACUAAAGAGAAAACCAGUCAGAUUUUUGGAAAACAAAAUGCCACGGAAAAGGAAAACUGGUGGGAGCCCUUCUCUGAAGAAUGGCAGUUAUGAGAGAACUGUUGCUGUAUUCCAAGGGGACCCAAGCUUUUCACUGUCACAAGCAGUGCAUAGUGUCAAUAAGGAAAAGCUUCUGAACAGCAUGUCAGAGAUGUUUUCUGACCUAGAUCCUACUGUGGUUUAUAUGGUUCUGUCUGAAUGUGAUUUUAAAGUAGAGAAUGCUAUGGAUUAUCUGCUAGAACUGUCUACUCAUGCUGAAGGAGUAGGAUCUUCAAAAACCUUGAGUUUUGAUACAGUAGCACCAUCAUUAGCUCUUGUUAAUCAGCAAAUAUCUGUUGCAAAUGAAAGAUGGGAAAGUACUGCAGAACAAAGUAAUUCUGAAGAAGGGAUGGAAGAGGUCCUAUCAAAUGAUGUGCAGCUCACUGAAGAACUGGAUUCCUUAAUAGAAAAUUCCUUUCAGAGAUACAGCUUGAGUGAUGAAUUGCCUGAUUCUUCAAAUGACCAAAUACUGCAUAAGCGUUCUGUGGAACACGAUGGCUUUAAUGAAUUUCCUGAGUGGGAAAAAUCUUUUUCAGGUUGCAGUCUUCUACUUUUUCCCCAGCAAACAGAGACAAAUAAUGAGGGUUUAGAAAACUUCUGCUGUUCUCAGCCACCAGUGAGUCAGCUAAGUGUCCAUACAGACUCACCAGCUGCAUCUGACACUUCUGCACAAAUACAGGAAGAUUCCCAUUUGCCAGAAACACAUACUCAGCAUGAUGUGGCUUCAGAAGUCUAUAAACAACCCAAUGGAGUAAUACCUUGUGGAAAUUCUGAUCAGACACAAGAUACGGUUUUGGAUCAGAAAAGUGUGACUGCUGCUUCUGUUGAGUCCUCCCAAAGACCUCUGGAACUUGAAGUAGCUGUCACUGGAAAUCCUUAUUCAGGAUGCCUGGAACAGCACAAAGAGGCAGUGACUGCCUUUAACAGCCACCAGAGUACCUCUCUUCCAGAGGCAUAUGUCUCUCUUGAAACAUCCAUGUUAAAAACACCAGAACCUGUAGAUUUGCCACAAACUCAGCAGGGUUGUAAAUUAAACUUUUCCCCACUGUCAUGUCAACCUCAACAACACUGGAAUGUCAUGGCUCCUGUGUUUUAUCCAUCCAGGGGAAGUCACAGCUUUGUAACUCCUGUGGCUGUCAGUCCAGGGCAGUGGCGACUUGUUUCAGACUAUAGGACUUCAGAAAAAGAACAUUAUUUUUCCUCUCCAGUGGUUUCAAAUGCCUGGGAUAGCAGCCCUUCUCUGAAACUACAGGAAAAUCAAGAUAGAAACUUCAAAUUGAACCUCUCACAAGCACAGCAGUCACCUGUUUGUCACAUGAUGAGAAGAAGGACGCACCUUAUAGGUCAAGUGCUUGUUCUUCUCAGAGGUGUUCCAGGAUCAGGAAAAUCAUAUUUGGCAAGGACUUUGCUUGAGGAUAACCCAGGUGGAGUCAUUCUUAGUACUGAUGAUUACUUUUAUAAGCAUGGACAAUACCAAUUUGAUCCCAAUUGCUUAGGGGAAGCACAUGACUGGAACAGGAAACGAGCCAAAGAAGCAUUUGAAAUGAGAAUCUCUCCCAUAAUAAUAGACAACACAAACAUACAAGCAUGGGAGAUGAAGCCUUAUGUUACUUUGGCUCAGCAGUUUAAAUACAAAGUUGUGUUUCGAGAACCAGGCACAUGGUGGAAGUUUAAACCCAAAGAACUUGAAAGGCGAAACAUUCAUGGUGUCUCUAAGGAAAAGAUCAAAAGAAUGUUGGAGCGAUAUGAGCACUGCCUUACUGUUAGUUCAAUAUUGGAUUCUUCAGCCCCAGACAAAGCAGAAGCUGCUGGUUGGAGUGAAGAUCCUUGUCAGGAGAAAAAGCAUAGGGAGCGGACAUUACAUUCUGAUGUGAAGAAAGAACCUUUCGCUUCUGAUUUGGGGCCUCUUGAAUUAGCUGAAGAUAAUAAAACUUUUCCCAGGACUUCUCUAACAUUAGAAAGUAACUGUGAUCCUGAGCAUCUUCAGAAAGAGGAAAAAGAAAUUGAAAAUAGCUCAGUGGAACACAAUUGUGAGGCCAGUACUGUUCAAGAUGACUUGGAUGUUUGUUUGUCAGAUCAUGCAGAAAAAGAAAUGCCCUUGGAGAAGAAAGAAGAAAAGGGAGAAAAACUAGGAGAAAAUGCUGAAACAGAAAAGGUUGAGAUUGAUGCGACCACGACUGAAGAUACUCUGUGCUUGCAUACAGAAGGAGUUGAGGAGCACAGUGAUAACAACUUUCUCAAAGUUCAGAUUGAACAAUCUGGCCAAAUACGUACAGAACCAAAAUUAACAGAAAGUAGUAACACAGCAGAACCAAGCAGUUUGGCUUUUGUCACAUCAGGAAAACCAGAACUACUGAACUUUCUGGGUGACUGGCCUGUAGAACAAACAAUGGGACAGAGAGUCAAAAGAGCUAGAAGACUAGAAAAAUCUUUUCUAAAGAGUGAUAAAGAAGUUAAAACUCCCAGUCAACAGAAUCCUGAGGUAGGUAAAGAGCAAGCAGGCCUGCCUGGGACCUGUACUGUUGAAAAAGGAUAUGAGGAAGAAAAUCUAGCCUCUGGCUGUUUCUCUGUUAUUUCAGAUGAAGUUACACUGCAGUUGCAAAUGGCAGGACAUUGGCCUGUCACAGGCUCAUUAGAACAGAGACAACAAAGGUCAAAGAGAAUGAGAAAGACAAAUCUAAAUCAGUCCGAUGAACACAGAAAUGCUGAAGGUGACAUUAAUAGAAAUGCUCUUGAGACUGUAGAUGUGCUUUGUGGGACACCUGGGAACACUGCAGAGCAACCGGAUACAGAGACUUUGCAUAUGCACCAACCUGAAACAGAGGCUACAGAGAGUGAAACAAUAGGUGAUAAAAAAAUGCAGCAAAAUAAGAGAAUGAGGAAACAUCACAAAUUGGCCCUCACUUUUACAAAUAACAAUUUGCCCCAUCCAAAAGAAGAGGAAUGCUUGUCAACGCUUAAUGUAGAAGAAGAGAAACAGGAUGCAUGCUCGUGUAGGCAAAAAAGUAGCUAUUCACAGACUGAAUCACAGGACUUUGCUCUCCUGUGGAGGUUAGAAAAGAAAGUUCUUUUUCCAGAGACUACCAGAGUAUUGCAUGGCAGACUAGAUGGCUUCAAACCCAAAGAUGUAGGUAAUGUGUCAGAUUCUCAGGAAAAAAUUCCCUACCGAGUUAUGUAUGAUAAAAGUACAUUAGUGGAAGAAAGUGAACUUAUCAAUAUUGAUGAGUCUGAAAAGCUGAAUAUGCUGUGUAAGCUCUUUGAUUCUGUUUCAUUUGAAGCUGUAAAAGAUCUGUAUGAAAGAUGUAACAAAGACAUAGAUUGGGCCACAGGUCUGCUCUUAGACUCUGAUGAAAAGUUACGCAAAGAUGUUGGCACUGAAUGCUUUCAAGUAAGAGAAGCUGAACCAGUUGUUACAGACCUUGAUUUCAAGGCAAGUACAAACCACAGUGAGAAUCUCAAGGACUGUGAACAAAUGUCACAAAUAAUUGGGGCUGGUAGUAUCUCUAAGCCUUCAGAAGAUAAGAAUUCAUCAUUCAGCAUUGCAGAAAGUCAGACUGCCAAGGCAACUAUGACGGAUGUUGAUGUGUCUGAUGCAUUGACUGCUACCUCACUGAAGGAUUCAUCAGAACCAAAGAAUUGUGGAGGUGCGGCUCCUGGGACUGAUGCAGGCAGCUCAGCAGCAGGUAUCUUUGAGCCGUUUGUUUCAGGAAAGCAGAAGGUAGAAGCUGAGAGUCCUGUUGAAGAACCUAAAAAUAAGGCAUUAGUCUCACAACAUGAUGCAGGUUUCUGUGUACCCAUGACUCUGCCUCAUGGUCCUAACACAACUUCUACCAAUUUGAAAUUUGAACUAAAUAACGAGAGCGACAGUAACCCUUCGGAAAGCAAUGCAGAGAAUUCCAAAGUGAUGACUUCAUUACUAGAAGUGGAUCAUGCACCUUUGUUCGGUCCUAGGAAUGAUGAAGAAUUGGAAACUCAGGGGAGUUUCAGAGAGAUACAUGGUAGAGAACAAAUUGAAACUCCAAGCAGGGAUGAAGCCAAAGCGAAGAUACAAAGUCCUAUACCAGCAUCACGUGCAGCCUUCAAUAUAGAUUGCCUGGAACUGACAUUACCUCCUGAACUGGCACUCCAAUUGAAAGAAAUAUUUGGGCCUGUUGGCAUUGAUGCAGGGUCACUGACUCUUGAGGAUUGUGUGGUUCAUAUUGAUCUGAAUUUAGCCAAAGUGAUUCAUGAGAAAUGGAAAGAAUCUAUUCUGAAGCGUCGGAGGAGAGAUGAAUCAUGUAAGUUGUCUGCAGAGGGUCCUACUGUGAUUCAGCAGAUAGAUACAGAUGACUCAGAAAUGCUAUUAUCUCAGACUGCAGACAGUAAAAUACAGAAGAAAAUGAGCUGGGUAUCUGGCUCAUCUAACAACAUACAGACUAAAAACCCAGCAACAUCAGACGUUUUCCCCUUUAUGGAUCACUGGAAUGCUCAGAUUCAGAAAGUUUCUCUCAGACAAAUAAUUUCCGAAGAAAUAGCUAUGCAGGAGAAACAGGACCUGAAUCGUGUUCCUUGUAUGGCUAAAAAAGACUGUGCCGCUAAACUAAAGGAGAAACAACUUUUUGAGAUGUUUCCAACUAUUAGUCAAGAUUUCUUAAUGGAUAUCUUCAAGGACAAUAACUACUCUUUACAACAAACAGAACAGUUUCUGAACUGUGUUCUGGAGGCAGAUCCUGUAAAAACAGUUAUAGCUCAAGAAAGUGUUCAGCAAAAUGAAAUAGCUUCAUCCUGCAGUGCUGCAAAGAACCGGGAGAAGAAGGCAAAAAAAAGUAAGGAAGAGGAUGAACCUUUGAGUGAAAUACUUCAAAAAAUUGAGUAUCCACAAUACGAUGAUUUAAGAGCAGAAGCUUUUUGUCACCAGCAAAAGAGACAGGAAUGUCUGAAAAAGGCCGGGGAGGCCCACUGCAUGGGUAUGAAGUCUGUGGCAGCAUUUUAUGCUCAUCAGGGUCGCCUUCAUGAGCAGAAGAUGAAGGAAGCCAACCAUGCAGCUGCUGUGCAAAUCUUUGAGAAAGUAAAUACUUCCUUGCUGCCUAUGAAUGUGUUGGAUCUGCAUGGUCUCCAUGUGGAUGAAGCAGUGAAUCAGUUGUCCAGAGUGCUGCAGGAAAAAAGUGAAGAGUACCAGCAGACCGGUGGUAAACCGUAUCUCUGUGUUAUCACGGGAAGAGGAAGCCAUAGUCAGGGAGGAGUUGCUCGCAUCAGACCAGCAGCUAUGAGAUACCUCACAAGCCACAACUUCAGGUUCACUGAAAUAAAACCAGGCUGCCUGAAAGUCAUGCUGAAUUGAAGGGUUGUCGAGAAGAGGAAUACAGAAACUGAGGUGUCGGAUCACAGCUAAAAACUUUUUGAACAACUGCAAUAGUAUUUUGUAAUCUGUUUUAAAGGAUGACAUUUUAUUAGAAAUGCUCUCAAUUUACAGCAAGUGUUUUUGUCAGUGUGUUUCCAAGAGAAUUUGUGUGUGGAAUGGAUGCUUUUUUGAACCUGCAAAAAGAAGACACAGGAUUUGAAGUCUCAGAAACACAGGUUAAGAAUUCUGCUGAGCACUACAUGAUGUUUUAAAGGGAAGUUAAGGUACAAUUUUUAAAUAUAACUGUCUUCUCAGUAUACCCAGGCUGUAUCGUCUGACUCUCACACAUUUUAACUGCUGUAGAUUCUAUGCUUUUACAACAUAGUACUUUGUAUGAAGUUAUUUUGUGAUUCAGAAUUUUGUGCGAAACCCUUGAGAAGAGCAAAGGGGAGUUGGGAACUGGGCAACCACUGAUAUUUCAAAUCCAGUUACAACUGAGUGCUAAAUAUUUCCAGGUUUUUUCAAAAGUCUCAUGACUUUUUAGUGAUGGGUUGACCAGUUCUGUUGUACUUUCUCUGUUUUAAACUUCUCCAGAUAAUGAUGGGUGUUGCAUAUAAAGAACUGUGCAUUAAGACCAGCUGGGAGUUUGGUAAUUUUGCAGAUUUACUGUGAUCUAUUAAAGGGAAGAGUACAACACUGUAGUUCAAUCUCUACCUACACAUAGCUAAUACUGUAAUUUUACAGUAUUUAUGCAGGAGAUGCCCUUAACUUUUUUCAACAUCUACUGGACUAAAACCAUUUCUUCCUUUAUGGCUUUUUAAAUGGAGCAAAUUGAGUACAGUUUCACUUUACAGGCAUCUAAUAGUGACAUGUCUUCAUUCUGUGUGUAUUUAAUUUGGCGAUUUCCUUGUAGAAAAUAUGGUUGUCAGUGAGACAUUUUAAAUGUAUUUUUAACAUCAAAGUGAAUGCUAAUUCUACAGUAGCAAUUGCCUAACCGGAAAGUCUGGGAAUACAAAAGUUAUUCCACUGUUGGUGGGGUUGCAUCAGCAUCUAGAAAUACCAGUGUAAAAAAGCAAAACAACAACAAAAAACCCCAAAUACUCCCCCACCAUUUAAAUAUAAACAUCAGUAUUGUGUCAAGUGUUUCCAGUAAGCAAUCGAAAACUUUUUAAGUAGAAAUAUCUUCUAGCAUGCAUUACUAUUUUUAUUUAUGUCUUUGGCUCUUGAAAGGCAUACAAAUUUUUGUUGUAAGGCUUUUUCAGAAACAGGUAUGGGUUGUGUAUUAGGAGCAAUAUUAAUAGGUUAAGGAUUAAGGGGAGGGUUUAUUAAUUUUAAACCACUUUCGCAGUAAUUUUUAUCCAGGAACUACAUGCAUACAGAAUUUGUGUAUGAAUCCAUAUAUGUGUGCAAGUUCUGCCAUUUGUGUGCAUGAGGAGUAAUAAGCAAGGAACUUAUGUGAGAAAAGCUGUGCACAGAAAUGGGUUUCACUUGAAAAUGUACCUGUGUAAGUUGCUGACAAACUGAAAGAUACGAUACUUCCUAAAUAUCUGUAUUUACUGUAAUAUAUACACAGUGAAUGCAACGUACAUUUAAAAAUUAGUUUGUCAUGCUUCAGCAGGUACAAUAAUCUUUUCAUGGUGAAUUCAAGUGGAGGAAUUGCUUGAAUAAUAUUUAAUCAAAGGGAAUUUUACUGGAAUAAUAGUCAUAAUAUUUUUUGAGGUACUUAGUUCAUCUGAAUCAUGUCCUUUCUCUUUUUUCUUUCUCUCUGGGCUGCUCAUGUAACCAGGAGGUAAAAUACAAAAAAGUCUGUGCUUCACAAACAGCUUUAGCAGAGCUGUUUCUCCCACUGCAUGAACUCCUGUGCAGUGAAGUCCAUGCGCCACCCUCUGUGACAGUGCCUAAAUGGACUGAGAUGUCACUUAGGUGCUUGGGCUUGACACAGCAGUUCAAACUAUAAGCAAGUCCAGGGGUGCACAUGCUAGAAUUGCGUUGUGAACUUAGGAUCUUUCUUUUGGACCAAGGAAUUUCCUUCUGUUCCUGAACAAGUUUUCCUUGGUGCUACUGUUUAUAACGAACGGAGAAUCAGCUUUCUGGGGCAAGUCUUUAAAGUGGAGUCCCUGUUGUUUGGCUCUGGUGGCUGAGUUGCCCAGCCAGUGUAUGCUCAGAAGUGUGUGUUCAGCUGAUGGAUGCCCAAGCCCUACAGUGAUGUGGUUGUAAAGAGGGAAGUGGCAACACUUCCAUCUGGUUUGGGAGAGGGUCUGGUUCACUCAGCACAUUCACACCUUUCCUGACAUGGGCAAAGACAGUUUAGAUUGCAGUUCAAAAGAAGCAGAACGAGUUGUUGUCUUGCCCAUCUGUUCAUAAUCUAGUUGUUGACAAGUUUACCCUGGAGAUGAGAAACAGCUUUUUACCUGCUUCUGGUUUAGCAAAUGGAUGGUGAUUGAGUUUGACUUUCACUUCCCCAGAAAACACAUAACCAGUGCACUCAAGUCACUCUUAAACUCAUUCUUAAAGCCACCGCUUCCUGAGGCUCUUGCGAAGUCAUUACUGCAAGAUAAAAAUCAAGGGGACAAAAGAGAAAAAAGAAUAAAAAUUGUAUAAACUUGUAGUCUGGAAGAGGAUUAGAACUCUACAGAAAAGAAGGUUCAGUGUGCUUCCAUAUUAUUUUUUCAUCUCUUAGACCUAUUUGAAUAAAUGCAUAAAAAUGUUCAGGGCAAAACCUCAGCUACACCCAUUACUGGGACAGUUUUUCUCCAGUCUGUCAAAGUCAGCAGAGGAGUACAUAGUUUAAGAGCAAUUUGGAGUGCUUCUUGCAUUGUCCUUUUGGAUACAGGUUGAGGUUCACUAAGGUACUCUGAAUACCCUGUGUGGUUUUAGAUUGAUUAUGCACCUGUUAAAAGUUGUGUGAUCACAGGCUGAACUUUAAUGGAAGAUGAUGGUUUAAAUUCAUUAACAUGGGUGCUGACUGAAGUGAUCAACUUUAUAGAAGUUAGUGACAGAGCCUUUAUCAGCUUCGGCAACUCAGGGUGAGUCAUUCCAGUUCCAGCUCGGAGGAAAUAUAAUGAGCUCAACCUUUUUCUUCCAUAUGAUCUUAAGCAUGUGCUUAGAAGCUGAGCUGAGCUGGAUACACAAUGGAGCAGAAGAUCAGUGCACAGAAAGAAAGAAAGACUUUUAUUAGUAAGGAUCUCCAUGCUUUCAGCUACUUGCCAAACUGUCCAGAAAUAAAACACUGGACUUCUUGUAUUUGGCAGUUUUAUGAUGUACAGUGGAUGAAUUACAUCAAAUAUAAUUGUUUCAAAAUGGUAUUUCAAAGUAGGUUACAUUUUAGAUCUUUCAGUCUUUCUGAUGUAUUUUGCAAUUACAUCAGUGAGAAUCCUGAGGUAUUGUGUAAAUUCUGUAUCAUCUUAUACUUUUAAUUAAAAUAGCACUUAACAGUAUUGCCACCAGCACUCUGAAAUAACGUGCGACUGUUAAAAUACCUAUUUUGUGUACCACUUUUUAUCCUAUUCUUCAACAGCAUGUGGUCGUGAUGACUGGUAGCUUUUAAUACCUGACUUUUGGAAAGCAUUUUAACCUUUAUCCCAAUUUUUCAUUUAGAAAACUUAUCUUUGUGUGUAUAUAUAUGUAUAUAUAUAUAUAUGUAUGUAUAUAUAUACAAAAUUUAAUAUUGUGCUAGCAUUGAUGAAUCAUCUUACAGUGAAUUAAAAAAAAAAGACCCAGAGGUGCAAUGAAGAAAGUUGUUCUCCUGAGUAACGUGUUUAAAAAUAUGUUGAUUGUGAAAGUAGUGGGGCAAAAGUGAUUUUUUUUUAAAAACAUUUCAAGAUACCUUGACAAUAUUUUAAUGACUUUUGCUUUUAAAGGUAUGUGGUACAAUUAUAUUUAAACUUCGUGUUUUUGUAGGCCUGUUGAAGGACACCUCAGGCAAAGUUUAACUGACAUUUUUUUUGUGGCUGUUGGAAGCCAUUGUGACCUGGGAAUUCCCAUUUAAACAAUGUCCAGGUGCUCUAGUCAAAACCUAGAACAUCACUAGAACUAGAACAUCUGGAACAUUACUGUUGUGGGUAUGUGGAAUGUCAGUGAAGAUCUUGUAGGUUUGGCAGAACAUGUACUCUUAAGGUUUUACUUGAGGAGGUGAAAAGUAACCACGUUGUUACUUAAUCUUGCCACAAAAUAUGGUGGGUAGACAGGAAAAUAAUUUAGUUGCUGAUAAUGGCAAAGAGGGAUCAUCAUAAAUGUAAUAUGAGAAAUUAUACAUAGACUGUAUGUUACUGAUGCUUGUGUCUUCAAGUGCAGCUCACAUUUCCAGAACAAUAUUGUGCUCUUUGUGGAGCCAAGGAGAGGAUAGAGUAUCAGCACUGUAACACAGAAGAGUUGGUUGACUUACCACAAUUCCCAAGUAUCAUAUUCUCUUAGAAAAACUCACACAAAGCCCAAUGUUCUUGCUAUUUCAGCUAAAUAAACUCUGCAGAUGAUUAAAUGACUAUAUGUGAAUUUAGAUGUGAGAAGACCUAGUAUUGCAGCUGCCAAUUGUAAAAGCUCUUAGGACCAGUACCUUGGAAAGAUACAAAUGUCUAUUUUUAAAUUAAAAUUUAAAAAUGCUUUUUUUUUAUUUGUAUAAAGUUGUAAUUUUGCUGUUAACUGUAACUUUAAUUUUUUACUGAAAUACAGUUUUGUAAUUUGCAUUUAAAAUUUCUAAUGUGAAAAGGAUUUACAAAAUAUAGUUUAAUAAAGGAUUUUUGCCACAA